AUGGGUCGCAAGAAGAUUCAAAUCAAACCCAUUAAAGACGAAAGAAAUCGUCAAGUGACUUUUUUGAAGCGCAAGUAUGGACUUAUGAAGAAAGCUUACGAACUAAGUGUUUUAUGUGAUUGUGAAAUCGCGUUGAUUAUUUUCAAUUCAAACAACAAACUUGUUCAGUACGCGAGCACAGAUAUCGAUAAAAUUUUAUUAAAAUACACUGAGUAUAACGAACCUCAUGAAAAUGAUGAUGAUAAUCCUUCUCCAGGAUUUGAUACGAAUGAUCACAAGCGAUUUGGUAUGCCAUCUCCGCAACAAUCUUAUCCACCGGCGCAAGUUCCUGGUCCUUAUUCUAUGAAUAAUUAUGCCAUGUUCGCUCAGUCUCAACAUCAACAAUUUAUGACCCAACAAUUUUAUCCUCAAAUUAAUCAACAGUCUAUGGACGCUAUGUCUCUGCCAAUGACUAACGUUGCCCUUCAGGUGCCUGUUAGCGUCGCUCCUAGCGUGGCUGUUAAUGUACCUACAAACUUGUCAUCACCUCAGUUACCGGAUUCAAACACGUCAAGUCUGACUAUGUCACCAACUCCGUCUCAGAUUGAUGCUUCAAUUAAUGGUGACAUCUUGUCUCCUUCACUUUUAGCUUCUUCUCCAAAGAAACCAAAACUUCGUGUACAUAUUCCUGAAACAAAUGAAAAGCAAGGUACUCCUGCCGGUCAACAAGCAGUUCAGGCUGAUGCAUCACCAAAUCAAGAUGAAACACCAUCUGAUUCACGACAAUCACUAACGUUACAACCUUUGCAAUCAUCUCGUCCUACUCCGACUACUAGUGACGCGGGUCCAACUUCUGGGUUGGUGUCACAAUUCACUAGUUUGCCGUCGCCUUCAACGUUCUUUUCAGAGUUUUACAAAACAGCUGAAUUACCCAGUCCGAUUACUUUUAGUAAUACGCCUACUAGUGCUAGUCCUGGUGCUUUUCCUUGGCCAAUUCCUCGUAAUUAUCAACAUCAGCCUUCUCCAUUGGCUAAGCACGAAUCUAAUUGUAAUUUACCAAAAAACCGACCUAUACCGACGGAUGAAGAAAACAACGAGCCAGACAGGAAAAAAAUGAAACAAUAA